AUGAAAUUGUUUUUGGUAAGUUUGUGCAUCAUUGCUGCGGUGUCUGCUGCACCUGCUGCCAAAGAUGCUAAAGAUUUAAAAGCGAUUCGAGCUCUUCCAGCUCUUGAGCAUGAGGAGGUGCAUGACGAAUUUGGACAGUACGCACUGCGCUACGUAACUGCUGAAGGGAUUGUUGUGUAUGAACGCGGCCGCCUUGUUCCUUCUCUCGAUGGUACUGGCUAUGUACUCGUCAUCGAAGGUGAAGUUUCUUACGUCGGAGAUGAUGACAAGACCUAUGUCACCAAAUACAGCGCCGGGAUUGAUGGCGUUAAGAUUGAGGGUAAUCACAUACCUCAAGCUCCAGUUAUAGAA